AUCUGACCGCCCGCUGAGCAAGCCAUUGAAUUUUGGGCUUAUCUUACAUUGACAGUCGGUUGGCCUCGCACCUAUCGCCGUUUCGCAAGUACCAAUCCAAAAGUCCACAUACAACUAUCAGCCGUUUCGCCUUUAAUUGCUUGUGCAGCCAGCCAGACUUCAGCCAAAAAUAAACAUGGGCAACACCACCAGCAAUGUGCUGGACGGCAUCGUCCAAAGCUCCAACUGACAACUCGGGCACUAUCGAACGCGAUGAGUUUCUCAGCCUCCCUCAGAUUUCAUCAAAUCCCCUCGCCACAAGGAUGAUUGCCAUCUUCGACGAGGACGGCGGUGGCGAUGUGGACUUUCAAGAAUUCGUGUCCGGACUGAGCGCCUUCUCAAGCAAGGGCAACAAGGAACAGAAGCUGCGCUUCGCCUUCAAGGUCUAUGACAUUGACAGGGACGGAUACAUCAGCAACGGCGAGCUCUUCAUUGUGCUCAAGAUGAUGGUCGGCUCUAACCUCAAGGACCAGCAGCUGCAGCAGAUUGUUGACAAGACCAUUAUGGAGGCGGACCUGGACGGUGAUGGCAAGAUCAGCUUUGAGGAGUUCACCAAGAUGGUCGAAAACACCGAUGUCAGCAUAAGCAUGACGCUAGACCAAUUUUAACUGCCUAUUACGCCAUCUUUUUCGAUUCUCUGCCAGCCCAGGUUGGUCCCGGCAUCUCUUCACAGCGGCUACUAUCAUCGAUUUUAUGGAAAUAAAUCAGAAUACCCAGUCCUGUUCAUUGCAGCUUCAGUGCGCGUAUGGCUACUCGAGGGCCUCGUUUGACGAUGAUGUUUUUUUUUUUUUUUUCACAAACAAUUUGAAUAUUCAAGCGUUUCAGUCAGAAGCUUGAGUCUGAUGCUGGCGGUCUCAAGAAACUGCAACCAACCCACGUAAUUGUUAGGCUUUGACGUUUUCCAACCGAUGCCCAACAUUCCUCUUUGUGAGCGCUCUGUCUCAUCGGCUCACACAUUCUGGACCUCAUAGUAGAGAGCUAGCUUCAAGUACCCAGUGUUACUAGUGAAGCAAGC